UAACAGUAAUCUUUUCGUGUGAGUAUACAUAUAAAACUUAUAGCACCUUAAUUAAGUCUCAAAAAAUUUGAAAAUAAAUAUCUAUUUUGUUACAUUACGGUUUUCUACCUCACCUUCAUCCUUCGCCACUUGCUCGAAGAACUUCGAGAGGGCAAGUUUCUUCCCCAUGGAUGCAUCUCAGAUCGACAUCUUCGAGAUUUACCGAAGAUUCUGUGAUAUAAAAUCUGGACAUGCAGUUGUUAUUGGUGAAGAAGGGUAUAGACAAGACAGUGAGUUUCAGAAGGCUAAGGUUUCAAGGGAGGCACUGACACAGCUCUCAAAGUUGGUGGAGUCCAGAGUUUGUACAGGGGCAACUAUUUUUGAUGAACUUUCAAUGCUCAUGUCACGGCUGGGUUUGAUGGCAACCCUUUCCGAGUUCUCUCGGUUCUAUGAAUUUGUUUUCUUCAUGUGUCGCGAAAAUGGUCAAAAGAACAUCACCGUAAGCAAGGCAGUGACUGCUUGGAAAUUAGUUCUUAAUGGGCGGUUUCCAUUGCUCCAACCCUGGUGUGAAUUUAUUGAGAAAAAUCAACGAUACAACAUAUCUGAGGAUACAUGGCAACAGGUUCUGUCUUUCAGCUUGUGUACGCGUGAUAAUCUAGAUGCAUACGAUCCCGAAGGCGCUUGGCCUAUUUUGAUAGAUGAUUUUGUCGAGCAUAUGUACAGGCAACCGGGAUCGUAUUAUGAAAAUUCCAACUUCCAGUGUAACUGUGGUGAUCCUGAAUCUCUGUCAAUUCCUGGGCGAAAAAGUUUUGCUGGUCUAAAGAGAAAGUUAACCGAGGAAGCAAGAAAAGACUAUAUGGAGUGUGCUGAUUUAUCCGAGGAGAUGAAUUUGUCAAACUGUAAAAGAGGUAGAUCGUACGGUGUUGCAGAUUGCGAGGAGGACAAUCCACAAGGAAAUAAUACACUUGAGGAGUCCAUGGAUACUAGUAGACAGAAUAGCCCGUUGUGUUCAUCUAAGUCCCAAUGUGCAGUUGAAGGUUGUCUGUCAAAGGGAUUUGCAGGACUACUCUCAACUAGUUCUUAUGUGCAGUUUGGUAGAGAGAGAAGAGCUUCCUUUAGAUGAAGCAGCACCCUUAAUAGGUUAAGUAUAUACAAAUUGCUUGAAAAAGUUGGAUGUAUUUUAUUUUGGAUCAACAAUAAUUAUGUUACUGCACUUCCUCAUUGUUUCUGGUACUUGACUAUUUAUUUAUUUUUUUCUUUUUAUAGAGUAUAUACAAAUUGCUUUUGCGA